AGCUAGCAGCGUCCCUGCUGCUCCGCGCCACACCUCUCCGCUUCAUUCCUAUCCGUCUCCCCUGCUCUAUCGUCGUCCUCCUCCGUCGGGCCGGAGGAGCGUCUCUUUGUCGGCGCAGCGUGCAGAGCACCGCAGAUUCAGAGACACGAUGAUGUCGCGACAGUGUGCAAACCGCAUCUUUCUUACCGGAGGUUCCAGCUUCCUCCAUGGCCUCAAAUCUAGAGUUGCAUCCAGUAGGAGUCACGGCACCGUCAGACUCAACUGGCGCUGCGUGAGAACUAAUCUCUGGAGGGCCGAGCGCCUUGGUGUCAAGGCUACUCCGUCUGAGCAUAUCAUUGCAGUACUGCAAGCGUCAGAUAUUUUCAGUGGCAUCAGGAAAUGGAGCAAGUUGCAAUUGGUCGCCAUGACAGGGGUGAUGGCAUGUGUAGUUCUGGUAGUCCCUUCUUCUGAUGCAGUCGAUGCUCUCAAGACAUGCACUUGCCUGCUAAAGGAAUGCAGAAUAGAGCUGGCUAAAUGCAUAGCGAACCCAUCCUGUGCAGCAAACGUAGCAUGCUUGAACACGUGCAACAAUCGACCUGAUGAAACUGAAUGUCAGAUAAAAUGCGGAGACCUGUUUGAGAACAGUGUAGUCGAUGAAUUCAAUGAUUGUGCUGUUUCACGCAAGAAAUGUGUUCCAAAAAAAUCCGACGUCGGCGAGUUCCCCGUCCCCGAUCCAUCUUCGCUGGUUAAGAGCUUCAACAUGGCAGAUUUUAAUGGCAAAUGGUACAUUUCAAGUGGCUUAAACCCGACGUUUGACACAUUCGAUUGUCAGCUUCACGAGUUUCAUGUCGAGGGAGACAAAUUGAUCGCGAACAUCACAUGGAGAGUCCGCACCCCAGACUCUGGCUUCUUUACCAGGUCAACCGUGCAGCGUUUUGUGCAGGACCCAUCGCAGCCCGGCAUACUCUACAACCAUGACAAUGAGUUCCUGCACUAUCAAGAUGACUGGUACAUUAUCUCAUCCAAGGUUGAGAACAAGGAUGACGACUACAUAUUUGUGUACUAUCGUGGGCGAAAUGACGCAUGGGAUGGUUAUGGUGGUUCUGUAUUGUACACAAGAAGUAAAACUGUACCUGAAACAAUAAUACCGGAGCUGGAAAGAGCUGCAAAGAGCGUAGGUCGGGACUUCUCGACGUUCAUCAUGACCGACAACACCUGUGGUCCUGAGCCUCCUCUUGUGGAGAGAAUCGAGAAAACUGUGGUGGAAGGAGAGAAGACCAUCGUCAGGGAGGUGAAGGAGAUCGAGGAGGAGGUUGAGGAGCUGGAGAAGGAGGAGGCGUCACUGUUUCAGAAGCUGGCAGAAGGUCUCAUGGAGGUGAAACAGGAUUUCAUGAACUUCUUGCAGGGGCUGAGCAAGGAGGAGAUGGAGCUGUUGGAUCAGCUCAACAUGGAAGCGACUGAAGUUGAGCAAGUCUUCAGCCGUGCACUACCGUUGAGGAAGCUAAGGUAGCUGCAGAGCAAAGGACUUGGAGAAAACAAGCCAUCAAGUACUGGCCGAAACGGAUUCUAUUUGCCACAGCAGUACCCACAGUAGAGAUUGUUGAACAGAUACAACAAACAUUUUUAAUUUUCUUUUCUUUUUCUUUUCUUUUCUUUUCUUUUCUUUGUUUACCCUUUUCUGUGGUCAAAACACAUGCCUACGUUAGCCCUAUUUGUAAAGCAUCAAGAGACAACGUAACUUUUUCUUGCCAAACAGAGAAAAAAAACAAGUGUACUUAAGAC